AUGACAAACAGUGAGGGAAGUCGCGCUUCACAGAGGAGAACGGUUGAGGGUGAAUCAAGCAAUGCAAGGGAGAGAAGGCUUAAAAUGCAAGCCGAUUUGGCGGCAAUGACUCAAAGGAUGGAAGAGUCUGAUGCAGAGGAGUAUGUAUACUCUGAGGAAGAGUCUGAGAUCGAGAGAUUGAGGGAGGAAAGGAGGACCAAGAAGAGGAAUGACCCCAAUAGUAGUGAGAGUGAGCAAGGGGAGUUUGAGAUUGGAGUGAACCUUGUUCAAGAGGAGGGUAAUGGCUCUCCAAGUGAAGAAGGAAGUGAUGAGUCUGAGAGUGAAGAGGAAGGAGAAGAGGUGAAUCAGUUGGUUGAUGAGAGUGAGCAAGAGAGUAACCAAGGUGAACCUAUGGAGGAGGUUGAGCCACAAGAGGAGGAAGAAGAACUCCCUAUGUACCAAGAGCACUACAAUGCUCUCUUCUCCAUGGACUUUGUGGAGACCAAGUACCCACAUGUUGACACAAUGAAGGCCCUUGAAAUCUUUGAAGAUGUGGAGCUAGUUCUCAAGAACAUGCACUUGGGAAGGUUUUUCUCUCAUCACAUGGAAUCCUACAAAGAGCUCACUUGCGAGUUCUUGGCUUCAAUGAGGUACCACAUGUACGAUGAGGAGGAUAGAGCUGAUUUGGACCAAGGAUUGGGAUGGAUCACGUUCUUGGCUAAGGGAGAGAAGAGAAUGGUGACUUUUAGGCAGUUGGAGAUCUUAUUUUGGUUCAACUAUGGAGAAGGUAUUGAGUGGACCAUUAACGAGGGGGAACUCAAGUUUCUUGACAUGGGAAUCAAGCCCAUCCUCUCACGCACAAGCGAUGGCAAGAGGAUCAGGGGAGAUAGAUCCAACACAGGAAACUUGAUGCCUUUCCUUGAUCAUCUCCUCACAUACAAGACCACAGCCUACAACACUCGAUAUCAACAAGGGAGACGCCUAAGUGUUGGAGGGCUCAUCACUCAUAUCUUGUGUACUGCUGGAGUGAACCCAACUGAUAAGAGAGCCACUGAACCAGGUUGGAUGGACAUCAAGUUUUGCAAGACCAACCUCCUCAUUGAGCACAAGGAGUUGGGUGGAAGGUUCCAAUUCAAGUUCACACAUCCAUUGGCUUGCCCUUCCAAGCUUCUCCUGCCCAACCCUGAGCUUACCACAGUAGUCAGAGGUGAAUACAUUGACUUCAGACCCCCUGUGUACACAUUGGUUGGGCAAGAGAACGUUUUGCGAGAAGAGGAGCCUGAACUCGAUCGAGCUGAGGGUCGAGCUGAGUCUCAAGCUGAGGAUCGAGUCCAGGAGAGUGCGGAUUUGGGUGAGCAUGAGUGCUAUUAUUUUGAGAAAUAUGAGGCUCCAAGGAUGAACCCCUCUGUUGUAGCUGCCCACAAGAGGAUUGGACUUCUCCAAAAGUUCAACAAAUGGCAAGGGAAGGCCAUUGAAAAGAUGCAAAAGUCCAUGGACAAGAUGGUGAGCAAGAUCAAAAAUUUGGAGAAGAAGGUUUCUGGUUCUUCAAGCAAGAAGAAGAAGGCACUGAUGAUAGGAUUUUACGUGGUGUGA